ACACUAUUGCGGCGGCGCACUCAUAAUCCCCUUCGUUUCCGCGGUAUAACUUAGAUUCAGACUCUUUUUUUUUUCAGGUGUGACGUCUGGCGUAUGACUGCUGCGUCAGUCCGGCCCUGAAGGUACGUGUCUGCAUACGGCGCAUUACAUUGUUCUAUCGCCCCUUCUUUUUCUUCGAUCUCUCCAUUCAUCAUGUCCUUCCCGCCACCUCCAGGUCUUCAGCAAACGCCCGCAUCGCUGCCUCCGCGACCCCCACCAUCUGCCACCCUCAAUAAACCAUCGGGUGGCGCCAGCAGUGGGUAUGGCGGAAAUGCCCCCCGGGCCGGCUACAAUGGUGUCACGGCCUUUCAACCGCGCUCCGUAGCGUCGCACCAGUCUUAUCGCACCAGCAGCCCCGUCGUUUCCGCUCCACCCAGCACAUCGGCUGGCUAUUCAAACCCAACUGCCCCCGCGGGCUAUGGCGGUUACUACUCCCAGCCGCAGGCGCAGCAAUCCUACCAGCGGGGACCUUCUUCCUCUUACUACGGAGCCACACCGUACAAUGACCACACCACCUAUGGGGCCUCGGUACCCCAGAUCCAGAACCCGUUUACCCCUGCGGGAGCCGAUCCGUCCCACCGGUCGGGCCUCGACGCGGAAACCGAAGCCCAGAUUGCGCAAUGGCAGAGCGCCUACGCCAGCAAAGAGGAACUGUUGGCUCCCGGGAAAGGCCCCGUGCGUCGAGAUGGAAAUUCUGGAACUCCCGUCGGGGGGGGCGCAUACACGCCUUCCGCCAGUACCCCCGCAGCCACCACCCCCGCGCCGAUGGCCGGGCAAGCCGAGCCGUCGCUGAAGACGGUUGCGCGUUCGGGGGGAGGGCAGAACUGGACCGAUUCGACGUUGCUCGAGUGGGACCCGGCGCAUUUCCGGCUUUUCGUGGGCAACCUCGCGGGCGAGGUGACGGAUGAUUCGUUAUUGAAAGCCUUCUCCAAGUAUACGUCCCUUCAGAAGGCGCGGGUGAUCCGGGACAAGCGCACGCAGAAGAGCAAGGGGUAUGGCUUUGUGAGUUUCCGGGACGGCGACGAUUAUUUCAAGGCGGCGCGAGAGAUGCAGGGGAAGUAUAUCGGGUCGCACCCGGUGCUUCUCCGGCGCGCCACCACGGAGAUCCGGGAAGUGUCCAACUCGAAGUCGAAGAAACAUGGCGGUCGCGGCGGUGGAUCGAAUGGGGGGGCCGUUGGCGGCAAGGUCAAGCACGACGGAAUCAAAAAGGCCGGCAAGACGAGGGGGGGGUUGAGAAUUCUGGGAUAAGCACUCUACUAAUAAGCUUCACGGCAAAAAAAAAAGAUAUGGAUGCAUGUAUAUGCUAGACAUUUCCAAUUUAUUGAUCCGAAACCCAGACGGAAAACCGAUGAUGAGAUAGUAUCGUCUGAUAUGAUAUGACAUGGAGAAAACGAAUAUACACAACCCAACGCCAAUCCGCCCAUCCUUGAGAUAAAAAUGAACCAGAGAAGAAGAAAAUAAAAAUAAAAAUAAGGAUCAUCAUCAAGAGGUCAUCAAUCAUAUAC